ACGGUGCUGUGCGCACUCCACGUCCUCCUUCCUCUAGUCAUACAGACUACCAUAGUCAACCACACACAUCCACUCGAAUAUAUUCUCUCUCGCCCUGCGAAGAGGAGGGAAGUCUUCAUCGGUUCCUGCGACUUCGUGUGAUCCGCAUACCCGGCGCCUCCGCCACCGCUGCUACUUCCACUCGAAGAGUUCAAGAGCCGAUCAGACCACCGCUCUCGUCAGUCAGUACCACUCGACGCUCCAGAAGCAACAGAUUACACAGAUCAACAGAGAGCUGCAGAGAAACACCGGAAAGAUGCGUUCUGCGGUGUUGGUCAUUGUGGGAGCGAUAGUCUGCAUUUCUAUGUUGCCAUUUUCCAUGCAGGCUGCUAUAGACGUUGGUUCUGAUCCGGACAUCGGGAUUCCUAAGGAAUCUGACGAAAUGCAGAUGGAGAAGAGGGACUGGAACAGGAACUUGCACAGCUGGGGAAAGCGCGCCUGGCAGAACCUGCAGGGCGGAUGGGGAAAGAGAGACCUUUGGGGACCCAGCAGCAGCUUCCCGCUCUACGUUACCGAGAAACGAGCAUGGCAAAAUUUACAGGGAGGAUGGGGCAAGCGCUUCGCUCCUGAAGAUGAGUAUGCUAUGAAACAAUUGGCUACUUUGUUGGAGCAGGAAGAUCAAGGAAUCCAAGGCGAUGCUCCUUACGCCGAUUACGCUCAGAUCACCGAGAUGGAUGCCAACGAUGACGAGAAGAGGGCUUGGAAGAACCUCAACAACGCCGGUUGGGGUAAAAGAUCCGAAUGGGGAAACUUCAGAGGAUCCUGGGGCAAACGCGACCCGGCCUGGACUAACCUCAAGGGAAUCUGGGGAAAGAGGAGUCCCUCAGAACGACGAUCUCAGUAGAUGAAAAUUUAUGCCAAACCAGAUUACAAGAAAUAG